AUGUUCCAGCCGGCGCCCAAGCGCUGCUUCACCAUCGAAUCGCUGGUGGCUAAGGACAGUCCCCUGCCCGCCUCGCGCUCCGAAGACCCCAUCCGCCCCGCGGCGCUCAGCUACGCCAACUCCAGUCCCAUCAACCCGUUCCUCAACGGCUUCCACUCGGCCGCCGCCGCCGCCGCCGCCGCCGGCAGGGGCGUCUACUCCAACCCGGACUUGGUGUUCGCCGAGGCGGUGUCGCACCCGCCCAACCCCGCCGUGCCGGUGCACCCGGUGCCGCCGCCGCACGCGCUGGCCGCCCACCCCCUGCCCUCCUCGCACUCGCCACACCCCCUCUUCGCCUCGCAGCAGCGGGACCCAUCCACCUUCUACCCCUGGCUCAUCCACCGCUACCGGUAUCUGGGCCACCGCUUCCAAGGUAAAAGUAUGGUUUCAGAACCGAAGGACGAAGUUCAAAAGGCAAAAACUAGAGGAAGAAGGCUCGGAUUCGCAACAAAAGAAAAAAGGGACACACCAUAUUAA